CCUUUUGUGCGCUUUCCCACACCUUUUUGUCGCCGUCGGCUCACACUUCCCGUGUAGACACACCUGCGUGACUCCACGCGUCCAGUCGGUCCCACACAGACAGACAAUCACUUACUCCUCCGCGGCGGGUACCGUACCGCUACCGUAGUCGUCAGCGGCGCGCGUCAUCGCCAAGAUGUCGCGGCGAUGACGUCACAAUUCACGAAGCUUUUCUCGUUCAUUUUGGCUAACGUUCACGAUCCGGCUGCUCCAGAUGACACAGCUCUGCGACUACCAUGCUACAGCUGCAUGAGUCCAUACCUGGAGGACCAUUACCCGUACAUUUCGCACCUCUAUCGCAAGCCGUUGUCUUUCGACCCGCACUGCGAUCGGAACAAUCUCGAUCGAAGCUACUUGUUUGUGAAGAAUUGUUCCGAUAUGUGUGUUACGCUACGAAUUAACGAUGUAGUAGGAGGACGACGAAGGCAUGGCUAUGUUCGAGGAUGUUUAUCCGACAUACAUGGCUAUAAUCAUAGCUUAGUACGAGCUCUCAGCGAGCAUCCUGGAUGCCUUGAUACGACAGCUCGUCAACUUUUCAUGCCGACCGCACUACGGCAAGAGCUGGAGCCGUCACGUUUGGCGAUUUGUGGCUGUCACACAAAUCUUUGCAAUUCAUCGACUUCGCAUUUGAUCUCAGCUCUCGUGAUAACAUCAUCAUUCGUCGUCCUCCUCUUUCUCACUACCAUAAUCUAAUCAUUGUUACGGGUAUGCUUGCCUCGCUGCAAAGCUGUUUGUUUGAUACUCAAAAAUCACAUAAAAAUACUUUUACAAAGAUUUCUGUUGAUUCAUUUGUAUAGUGAGAUAUCAUGUUUGAUUUGUUUGUAAAGUGCUGACUCGCUCAAAAAACUUCGAUAUCAUUCGAAUAAACGAC